CUGUUUUUGCAGAUCAAUGUGCGCGUCACUACCAUGGAUGCUGAGUUGGAGUUUGCUAUCCAGCCAAACACAACUGGCAAACAGCUCUUUGACCAGGUGGUGAAGACUGUGGGUCUGAGGGAGGUCUGGUUUUUUGGUCUGCAGUACACAGACAGCAAAGGCUACGUGACUUGGCUCAAACUCAACAAGAAGGUGACACAGCAGGAUGUGAAGAAGGAGAAUCCUCUGCAGUUCAAGUUCAGAGCAAAGUUCUUUCCAGAGGAUGUUUCUGAGGAGCUCAUCCAGGAGAUCACACAGAAACUCUUCUUCCUGCAGGUGAAAGAAGCCAUUCUGAAUGAUGAGAACUACUGUCCUCCAGAGACGGCUGUGUUGUUAGCUUCCUACGCCGUCCAAGCCAAGUAUGGAGAUUACAAUAAAGAUGUUCACAGGCCUGGUUACCUGGCAAAUGACCGGCUACUUCCACAGAGAGUUCUGGAGCAGCACAAGCUGACCAAGGAGCAGUGGGAAGACAGAAUACAGAGCUGGCAUGAGGAGCACAGAGGCAUGCUCAGAGAAGAUGCAAUGAUGGAGUACCUGAAGAUCGCUCAGGAUCUGGAGAUGUACGGUGUCAACUACUUUGAAAUCAAAAACAAGAAGGGCACAGAGCUGUUGCUGGGGGUCGAUGCCUUGGGACUCAACAUUUAUGAACAUGAAGACAAGUUGUCGCCAAAGAUCGGCUUCCCGUGGAGUGAGAUCAGAAACAUUUCUUUCAACGACAAGAAGUUUGUCAUUAAACCCAUUGACAAGAAAGCUCCAGACUUUGUGUUUUACGCCCCUCGGUUGAGAAUCAACAAGCGCGUCCUGGCUUUGUGCAUGGGAAACCAUGAAUUGUACAUGAGAAGGAGGAAGCCAGACACCAUCGAGGUGCAGCAGAUGAAAGCUCAGGCCAGAGAAGAGAAGCACCACAAAAUGAUGGAGAGAGCACAGCUGGAGAAUGAGAAGAAAAAGCGUGAGCUUGCAGAGAAAGAGAAGGAGCGGAUAGAACGAGAGAAAGAAGAGCUGAUUGAGAGGCUGAGGCAGAUCGAAGAGCAGACGCAAAGAGCUCAGAAAGAGCUGGAGGAACAGACUCGCAGGGCGCUGGAGCUGGACCAAGAGCGAAAACGAGCAAAGGAGGAAGCGGAGCGGCUGGAGCGUGACAGACAGGCAGCAGAGGAGGCCAAGGCAGCACUGGCUCAGCAGGCUGCCGACCAAAUGAAGACGCAGGAACAGCUGGCUGCUGAGUUAGCUGAAUUCACAGCCAAAAUUGCUUUGCUUGAGGAGGCGAAAAGGAAAAAAGAAGAGGAAGCAACAGAAUGGCAACACAAAGCUCUGUCAGCACAGGAAGACCUGGAGAAGACUAAGGAAGAGCUGAAGACGGCCAUGACAUCUCCACCAGCAGCUGAACAUGAUGAACAGGACGAAACAAAUGCAGAGGCGAGCGCUGAGCUUCUCAGCGACAGUCUGAGCACUGACCGCAGCGAGGAGGAACGAAUCACUGAGACACAGAAGAACGAGCGUGUGAUGAAACAGCUACAGACACUGAGCUCAGAGUUGGCCGAGGCUCUGGACGACACCAAGAAAACCCAGAACGACAUGCUGCAUGCUGAGAACGUCCGGGCAGGAAGAGACAAGUACAAAACCCUGCGCCAGAUCCGCCAAGGCAACACCAAGCAGCGUAUCGACGAGUUUGAAUCCAUGUGAGCCGGUCGACGCAUGAUGCUCAGGAGAGACCAUCG